AGUGGUACCCACUCUUGCUGGGAGCAGAAGGCAUCACCAGAGUCGCUUGCAGCAUCGUUGCUACGCAUCUAUUGCUGCAGAAAUAUGGCCAGCCAGACCCAGGGAAUUCAGCAGCUGCUGCAGGCAGAGAAGAGGGCUGCAGAGAAGGUGGCAGAGGCUCGAAAACGAAAGGCCAGGCGGCUGAAGCAGGCCAAGGAAGAAGCCCAAGCUGAAAUUGAGCAGUAUCGCUUGGAACGGGAGAGAGAAUUCCAGCAAAAACAACAGGCGGCGCUGGGCUCGCAGGGGAAUCUGUCCGCAGAGGUGGAGGCUCAGACCCGCAAAAAACUACAAGCUAUGCACGGAGGGCAAGCUCGGGGCAAGGACCAGGUUUUGCGCCACCUUCUCACUACUGUAUGGAAUGUGCAGCCCCAAAUUCACCCCAAUUACCGCCUGGCUGUCUAAAGAGCCUAGUGCCCCUGCCUGCAGUUGGUUGGUGGACUUCUGAUGUGCUCCUUAUUCUCAACACGAUACGCUUUAGAUGCCCAAAUACCCAAGUCCCCUAUUUCCUUCCUAUAUCUUCACAGAAUCCCACAGGUCUCACAAACAGCCUGUUCUCCCUGAUGCUUCUCAUUCGUCCUUUCUCCUCCUUUCAUUGUAUCUUGGAUCAAGGCUGUGAAUUGCAUUUGAUAGUCAGAGUAAUCAAUCAUGCCCAAAAGAUGCAAAAGCAAGCAAUCAACUUUCUAUUCGUUACUGGACACUGACCGCACGCACACAUAGAAAGACACACACCAGUUUUCAAAGUACAUCUAUAGAUUAUUCUCUAUUCCCCAGGAUUACAGGUAGUCCUCAAUUUACAACCAUAAUCGAGCCUGCAAUUAUGGUUAUGUAACUGUGAUGGGUCAUUAAGUGACCGCUUCUGAUUUUAUUAUUUAUUUUUUUGUGGCGGUCAUUAUGCAAAUGCCAUGGUCAUAAAGUAAACCCAAUGCUUGUUAUCUCCAUUUUUUUUCCCUGGAAGUAAACUGGAAGUAAAUGCCGGUUUCCAACAAAAAAAAAAAGCAUUGUAACUCGUGCUUAAGCACCCACAAGCACACUGCAAUGAGCUAUAAGCAAGCCAGUUGUGAAGUAUCCAAAAUGCGAUCGUGUGGCUACAGCUGUGUGUAUGUGAACUUUGAAUCUGGAUUGUCACUUUUUCAGGGUCCGUCGGAAUUUUGAACAGUCGUUAAGCAACUGGACGUAGGUUGAGGACUACCUGUAGUUGUUUUGAUUUUUGGUUUUUUGGCUUAGUUUUCGUUUUUAAAGGGGCUGUAAAAUCCAAAUAGCUGAUCCCUAUAAAACAGAUCCACUUCCUUUCACAAACCCAGUGCUGGAUCUUUCCUUCUGUAUUGCACAAUCCUAUGGCACGAAAAGGUAUAUCCGGAAAUGUGAAGGUUGCAAGAUUACCCUUCUGUUACUUGCUACGUGUAUUUGUGUGCUGACACUGAGAGGUUCUAUUUCUACUCUGCUGUACCCUGCUUAAUUUGUUUCCCUCCUAUGAUCAA